AUGACCGCCAUCAAUUCCUCUGACGAGGCCAAAUCCCAAGAUAUCGACAUAGAACGAGCAUCCACUACGAAUUACCCACCUAUCACUGCCGUUGACCCCACGCCAUCUUCAUCUCAAACUCAGGUGAACCAACAACUCGCUUCGUCAGAGAAAGAUCAACCCCAUCCUCAGCCGCAGCUACAGCCUCAGAUAGCAGGUGAUGGUGAGGAAGACAUACCUGAAGGUGGAUAUGGGUGGGUGAUAGUAGGUUGUCUGAUAGCUAUCAACGCUACGACGUGGGGUAUAAACACCACAUAUGGUGUAUAUUCUUCGUACUACCUUGCGAACAAUUACUUUGAUGGUGGAUCUACACUAAACUACGCUUGGGUGGGAGGAUUGAGUGUGGCUACUUGUUUACUUUGUGGACCGUUGGCAAAUGCUUUGAGUAGAUGGUUGGGAUUUAGGAUUACUAUGUUAUUUGGUGUCGCUGGUAUCGUCCUAGGUCAAUGUAUGGCGGGUAUAUGUAAGAAUUUCGGAGAGUUCUUGUUCUGUCAAGGUAUCUUGUUUGGGAUAGGUCUUGGUCUUACACUCGUACCCAGUCAACCGCUAUUAGCACAUUGGUUCAAGAAGAGGCUGGCUCUAGCUACGGGAAUUGCCACCUCUGGCUCAGGACUUGGCGGACUGAUCCUCUCCAAUACCACCCGACUAGCUAUCGACCACAUCGACGUCAAGUGGGCACUUAUCAUCAACGGCUUGAUCUCCCUUGUCUGCCUCACUCCGGCUGUACUACUGCUGAAAGGUCGACAUAAAGCUGUGGGAGCGAGACAGGCUCCAUUGGAAUUGAAGUGGAUUUACCACCCGGGUUUCGUAUGGGUAUGGUUAUGGGCUGCUUUUACCAUGAUGGCCUACUUCAUCGCCCUCUACUCCCUUGCCUCAUUCGCCACUUCCGCUCUCUCCCUCCCGCAAUCCAAAGGUGCAGCACUCCAGUCGAUCCUAGCUGCUGGACAAAUGAUCGGUCGACCCCUAUGGGGUUAUUUCCUCGACACAGGAGGGAGGAUCAACCUCACCAUCGUCUGUUAUAUCAUAUGCGGUCUAUCGACUUUGGCUAUAUGGCUACCUGCCAAAUCAUUUGGCGUUUUGGUCUUCUACGCCCUCAUUCAAGGAAUGACAGGCGGAACGAUAUGGUCUGUAUCUGCUCCGCUCGUAGCUAGAGUAGUAGGAGUCAAAGACCUAGCAUCGGCGUUGAGUAUAUACUGGUUAAUUUUGGUUAUACCUGCUGUGGUGGGACAACCAAUCGCAAUCGCUUUGUUGGAUUACAGUCAGAGUCAUCUGGGGAGACAGGGGGCAGAAGCUUAUUAUAUCAGUAUAGGACUUUGUGGAGGGAUGGCGAUGGGAGCGACGUUCUUGUUGGCGGGAGCGAAGAGGUGGAUACAAGGUGAUUGGAAGAUUCUGACGAGGACUUAG